AUGGGCUCCAGGCUGAGCAGACAGAGCAGCCUGGAUCAGGAGAAUUUCUCCAAAAAGCGGCGCAGGCUGCAGGACGGCGCCGGGGAGGGCGGCCGGUCCGGGGGGGACUUUCUGUUUGCUCUGAUGCUGAAAUCAGACAAGCUGCCCGGGAUGCUGCGGAGGGCCAACCACAGCCCCUACAUGAGGAGGGUGGCCUGGAUCAAGGAGAUCCAGAAACUGCUCCGGGAGCGCAGGAUCGAGCAGGCGACCGACGUGCUGAGAUUACUGAGGAAGGACCUUGGUUUGGAGGGCACCUCCAUGAACGACAUCUUGUACAAAAAUGCUGCCUUCCUCAACCUGGUGGACCCCAUCUCCCACGAACUGCUGCUCAGCCUGGCGCGAGAGAUGCAGUGUCCUAAGAAGGAUGCAGACACCAUCAAGUCUUCUGAUAAGAUCUGCAGACAGCUGAUCUACCACCUGACCCCACACUCAAAGUGGCUGAGGCAGAGCAUGUCCAGGCGGAAAUCCCAGGCCUGUCUGAAGACGACUCUACAGAAGAAGCUGUCUAGUGAGAGCGUGGACCUUUCUGGGAUCCCCCUGUCCAGCCGCGAUGUCCGUCAAGUGGCCUUCUACCUCCAGAACAACGGAGACAGCCUGGUGGCCGUGGACAUCAGCUUCACCGAGCUGACCGAUGACAACCUGCGGCUGCUGCUGCCUCUCCUCGCCUCGCUGCCCAAACUCAGCACCCUGGCUCUCAACGGCAACCGCCUCACCUUGGCCAUCAUCAAAGACCUCUCUGAAAUGCUCAAGGACCCUAAGAUGUUCUCCAGCCUGGCGUGGAUCGACCUGGGGAACAACGUGGACAUUUUCACCAUGCCUCAGCCGCUGCUGGUGGCGCUGCGCCGCCGCUGCAGCCUGAAAAGCAGCCUGCCGACCAUCUACGAGUACACAGAGGGCCAGCCUUACUCCUACCACCUGGAGACCUCCAUCGAGGAGCCCAGCCAUUACGAGGAGGAGGAGGAGGAGAUCGAUGAGGACGAGGAAGAUAUGGGGGACAGGUUUGAGCUGGAGCCGUGGGGUUUGGGGGACAAACAGCUCUCUAAACCGUACCCCCUCCACUGCUGCGAGAGGUGAUGGAGCGUUUCCUGUCCUACCAGAUUCCAGCUGUGGUUGAAGCGACGUCCCGCAGCUCUCUGUUACCUCCUUCACCCUCUUGCCCUCACACCACGAGACCAGUCACCCUUUAAAGGCAACGAGGGGGAGCAGCGCCCACAUUGUGAACUAAUCGCCCAAACACAGCUGCUAAGCUAACCUUUACCAUCUCUGAGUUGGACCCACACCGGACGGCGGCCUGACGGCAGACUUACUGUGUUGCUGGAUGGUGCUCUGGGGGAAAAGAUGCGGUUUCAUUGGAGGUUGUCUGGAAGAGUCAAAGAACCAGUUUUCUCUUUUUCUCUCUCUGUCUCUUUCUGUCCCUUUAUCCGCGUCUAGCGCUUCAUGUCUCGAUCCACAGGAGACGUCAGUCAGUUGGUCGGACGAAGGAGCGGCAUCCCUGGGGGAUUCUGGGGCCACCUGGAGUGAAUUUUGGAAACCUGUGGGUCCUCGUGGCGUCUCUGCCAGGACUGAGACUCUGCCUGUCAGGCAGGGCCUAACUCCACAUUCUGUGUUCUCUGUUAAUCUCCCAACAAAAGUUCAACAGACUCUACAGCCAGCGACCGUCACGUGGCGCUGGCAAAACUGCUUGGUCGACUUUUUGCGUCCCCCCUCCCCUCUUUCCUAGUGUCCACUGGUGAAUGUCCAUUUGCAGAUGGAAAUGAGGACACAAACAACACAGAUGUUUUGUUUCCUGACGUUUUUUUGUUGUUGUUGUCCCCUUAGAGGACAAAGCGUCUCAGAAGACAACAGGUAGGAGAGAGGGGUGUUUUUCUAACCACAUAAAAGCUGACAUCACUGCUCUUUAGGGUCAUAGCCACAGUAUUUCAACACGGGUCAGAGAAAGGGGCCAAAAUGACCUCCUACUGCCGUCUGCCUCCACAGGUUUUGACCUCUUAGUGUUGCCGUAGAUCUGUGUUAUUAGGCACUUUCUUGACUGUUAUCUACUCUAGUCUCUCCGCAGUAGCAUAAAACCAUCUCAAAGGCCGACCAGAACACUGCGAAGCACUUUAAGGCCCUGAUGUUUAGAUGUUACUCUUUCUCCAAAGGCUCCAUAUAGUCUGUGCACAUUGGUUCCUCCCUGCAGGAGCUUCAUUCAGAUGAUUGUUAGAGGGAUCAAUAUGAAAAUAAGCUCACCUGAAGUAUAACAAAUGUUCUCUAAGUGUUCUUUGUGUAUUUGUGUCGGUAAACGGUCUAAAUGUUGUUUUGUCUCUUGUCUGUUUCUGUAUUUAAUUGUAUUUAAUGAGGAAAAACUAUAAAAACUGAGCCUGAUCAGGUCCUGAUGAUCGGAUCCAACAGAUGACGGAAUGUUUUAUGGUUUUACGCAAUAAUCCAGCAGGUCGCUCUGUAAAUGUCAUCCAAAGCAGAGGAUAUUUAAGUUGAAUGUUUGAAAUUGUCGUUUUUUGCCUUUUAUCAUGUUUUUACAACCCAGGGCAGGACUGGCCAUUACCCAACACCCGGGGGGCCAACGCCCAUUUGUGGGUGGGCCCAGGGCCUUCAUAAUGUAAUCUAAAAUGUAUUUAAAGUUAACUAUUAUAUAAAAUAAUUUAUCAAUUAACCAAAUUAUAAUCUAAUCAAAAUGUUUUGAAAUGAAUUAUAUACCUUAGAAAUAUUCAGAAAUAUUCUGCAUGAAUAAGUCAUUUUUUACAUUUUCCAUUUUGGUCUUUUACAAUGCCGAAAUUUAAACAAAAAUUUAGUAUUUGUUUGAUUGAAUAUUUCCUUUUAAAUAAUUCAGAGGAAAUGA